AUGAUAGCGGGAGCAAGAGGUCGGAUCCGUCUGGCCCCAUCACCCGCGGAUGCAAGAUGGGAUCCUUCGACACUGCCAACAGAAGAGGCAGACGAGGAGCCGCGCUGGACCGAGCUUCAGCUUGCAUCCCGUGACGGAGACAUUCAACGUAUAAACGAAUUGCUAUCGCGGCACAAGGACAAUCGCAUGAAACUCGAGAUUGUGAAUGAGCCCGCUAUCGGAUACUACGGACAAACUGCACUUCAGGCGGCCUGCAUGAAAGGGCAUGAAACUGUUGCCCGAGCCUUGUUAGAAGCAGGCGCGAAUGUGAAUGCCCCUGGUGGCAACAAUAUCUAUCGAACUGCUUUCGAGCUGGCCUGCGGCACGGGACAAAUCGGUCUCAUCCGCCUCUUACUCGACGCAGGCGCAGUCUUCGACCCAAAGAAGGUCACAAGAUACCAAGGCCGUACGCCGAUUCAGGCUGCAGCUGAAGGAGGGCACGAGGCUGCUGUGUUACUUCUUCUGGAAAGGGGCGCCAACAUCAAUGCUGCAGCAUCGCCUAGCUCCGGGGUCACCGCCCUACAAACGGCAUGCUUCGAGGGGCACGUUAGCUUGGUCAAGCUCCUCAUCGCAAGAGGUGCUGAUGUGAACGGCUUGCCAGGCAAGUUUAGUGGCUACACCGCUCUCCAGGGGGCCUGUCUGGCUGGAGAGGUGGACAUAGUUAGGAUUCUCCUUGGUGAGGGUGUCGAUGUGAAUGCACCGGGGAGUCUCUAUUCUGGAGGAACGGCCCUCCACGCAGCGGCUUCCAGAGGUAACAUGGAGAUUGUCAAGAUCUUAUUAUCUGCUGGUGCUGAUCCCAACAGCGCAGCCGGUCGUCGAGGACAAACACCCAUGCAGAGUGCAUACUUGAUCGGGGAGAUGGAUAUCGUGCAUCUACUGCUGGAAGCCGGAGCUACUGGACCGCUGACUGGCGGAAAGAUCUUGUUUGGCAACGGCAGAACAAGGAGUUGGACAGAAAGUGAGGUCAAAAUCAUUAGGUAG